ACUAUUUCUCUUAUUGUAUCAUAUCAUCAAUUUACCACGUUUACGACAUCAGUCUAUAAGUCUCCAUCUAUAAUUUUUCUUAUAUAAACAUAUUAUCCAUCCAUACAUGCCACACAUUAUAACUUCCACUCCAUUCACUAGCACCACUACACUUUCACGCGCCACCACACCACUACCAUGUCGCACAACCACAACUUCCUCAUCGUCACAUACCCUUUACAAGGUCAUAUUAACCCUGCUCUCCAAUUCGCCAAGCGACUCGUCACUAUGGGCGCACACGUCACCUUCACCACCACUAUCUACUUACACCGUCGCCUUAUCAACAAACCAACCAUUCCCAACCUCUCCUUCGCCGCCUUCUCCGACGGCUACGACGACGGUUACAAUUCCAACGCCAUCGUCGACCUCUCUACCUACAUGUUGGAGCUAAGUAGCCGCGGCUCAGAAUUUCUCAGAAAUAUCAUACUCUCCGCAAAACAUGGAAAUCACCCAUUCACUUGUUUGGCUUACACGCUCCUCCUUCCUUGGGCUGCCAACGUAGCGCGUGAGCUUCAACUCCCAUAUGCGCUACUCUGGAUUCAAGCUGCAACGGUUUUUGAUAUUUACUAUUACUACUUGCACGAACACGGUGACUACAUCACAAACAAAUCAAAAGACGCCACGUGUAACAUAGAAUUACCGGGAUUGUCAUUCUCGCUUAAAAGCCGUGACCUUCCGUCUUUUUUACAGGCUUCAAACAUUUACACUUUUAUCCUUUCAUCUAUGAAAGAGCAAUUUCGAAUACUGGACGAAGAAACUAACCCGAUAGUACUUGUGAACACCGUUGAUGAAUUUGAACUUGAAUCAGUUAGAGCCAUUGAUGAUAAGAUUAAAAUGAUACCAAUCGGACCGUUGAUUCCAUCUGCUUAUUUGGACGGUAAAGAUCUUACUGAUACUUCGUUUGGUGGUGACGUCAUCCGUGUAGACUCAGAGGAUUACAUUGAAUGGCUGGAUUCGAAAGAUGAAUCGUCUGUCGUUUAUGUUUCAUUUGGUUCUUUUUCUGUUUUGCCUAAGAAACAAAUGGAGGAAUUCGCGCGUGCGUUGUUGGAUUCUGGAUUGAAUUUCUUAUGGGUAAUUAGAGAGAAAAAAGUAGACGAAAAAAAAGAGGAUGAUGAGUUGAGUUGUAAAGAGGAACUUGAAAAGAAUGUUAACGGGAAGAUAGUGAAAUGGUGUUCGCAAGUGGAGGUUCUGUCGCAUUCUUCAGUGGGAUGUUUUGUGACACACUGCGGAUGGAAUUCGACGACGGAGAGUUUGGUAUCGGGAGUUCCUAUGGUGGCGUUUCCUCAGUGGACGGAUCAAAGUACAAAUGCGAAACUAAUUGAAGAUGUGUGGAAGUGUGGGGUGAGGAUGGAUAAUAAUCGUGACGAGGAAGGGAUAGUGAAAGCUGAUGAAAUCAGGAGGUGUUUGGAAUUGGUGAUCGGAGGUGGAGAAAAAGGAGAGGAACUGAAAAGGAAUGCUGAGAAAUGGAAGAGUUUGGGUAGGGAGGCUGUGAAGGAAGGAGGGUCUUCAGAUAAGAAUCUUAAGAGUUUUCUUCAUCAUAUUGGAUCUAUUUAGGUGAAAUCAUUAGUUUGCUAUUAUUUCCUCUUAUUUUUGGCUAUAGAGCUAACUAGUUUGUUGGGUGGUUAAUUUGGGGAAAAUAAAUGUUAGAAUGUCUCCCAAUAAAUGAUACACUACAUUCAAUUCCAAUUAAAACAUGUUGCUAUUUAAUAACGGCUUGCUUGCUACAUUGUGUAUCACUUUUUUAAUUAUCAUUUCUAUUAGAUGUUGAACAGAAUAUA